CGUUAACAUGUCCCGUGAUUCCGCUCUGUAGAAGCUCUGAGUGCGCAGCCGCUGGUGUAUCACUGUAAAGCCUGUCUCUUUCAAAACUCUAUACCUUUAACAUAAAAAUGGCAGCAAGAAAAUUCUUCGUUGGUGGAAACUGGAAGAUGAAUGGCGAUAAGAAGAGCCUGGGAGACCUCAUCACCACGCUCAAUACGGCUGCGCUUCAUGAUGAAACAGAGGUGGUAUGUGGAGCUCCAACCAUUUACUUGGACUUUGCCAGAGCCAACUUAGACCCCAAAAUUGGAGUUGCUGCACAGAACUGUUACAAGGUUGCCAAGGGGGCUUUCACCGGAGAGAUCAGCCCAGCCAUGAUUAAAGACUGUGGUAUCGACUGGGUCAUUCUGGGCCACUCCGAGAGGCGCCAUGUUUUUGGGGAGGGUGACGAGCUGAUUGGUCAGAAGGUGGCCCAUGCUCUGGAGAAUGACCUGUCAGUGAUCGCUUGCAUCGGUGAGAAGCUGGAGGAGAGAGAGGCUGGGACGACAGAGGAAGUUGUCUAUGCACAGACUAAAGUCAUUGCAGAUAAUGUGAAGGACUGGGCCAAGGUGGUGCUGGCCUAUGAGCCAGUGUGGGCUAUCGGCACGGGGAAGACAGCCACACCUGAACAGGCUCAGGAGGUGCACGAGAAGCUGAGGGAGUGGAUUAGGGCCAAUAUCUCCGAUGCUGUGGCCGACUCCGUCCGCAUCCUUUACGGAGGUUCUGUUACCGGGGGCAACUGCAAGGAGCUGGCCUCCCAGCCAGAUGUGGAUGGCUUCCUUGUGGGCGGGGCCUCCCUGAAGCCCGAAUUUGUUGAUAUUAUCAACGCGCGUGCGUAGACAACAAGGACCACGAGCGGAGGUUCCCUCAGGCUGCACUAUAAUGACCGGGUCCAGACAUGGCACACAUACAUCACUGCCCACUCUGUCUAUGCCUGUGUCUUUUGGGUUUGUGUGCAUGUGUAUGCGUGUUUAUGUGUGUCUAAUGGUGUGUGCUUCAUUUUGUCCUCUUCUAGAUACGACAGCUGGAGUUUUAACACCAGUGUAUAGUGCUGCAUUCUAGAUCUAAGACUCUUCCGCAGUAAAAGUCCCACCGCAAAUAUAUAAUUUACUGACUAAAUAUAAUUAGAUGUAAAUGUAUAGCACAGUCAGGGAUUUUAUUGUGGAACAGUUCUGUAGAUGCUAUGUGAUGUAAUGAGAGUGCUACCUUACACCUGGACAAUCUGUGAACUAUUUAUUUGCUGACAUAAUGGGAGGUAUCUAAACAGGGUCUGUGCAUGCAGAGUUAUCUGUAUGUACAUGUAUGUCAGCAGUAUGGGUAUGUGUCCUCUAGUUUAUUGUAUGUUUAAUCACUGAAAUCACUCUGACACUGAAGCAAAUUUACCCUGUUACUGGACAAAUCACGUGUCUGUCACUAACCAGCCAGUGGCUGCCAAAGACUACAUCACCUGACUAACUACUGGAAAUAAAUGGUUUAGUCCA